GAGAGAGAGAGAGAAGAAAUUAGAUAGAAACCAGAAGCUAGUCAUUUCUAAUUUCACGUUAGUUUUAAUUUCCUUUUAUUUAUUGUUUGUUUGUUUUCUGGUGCUUUCUUUCUCUAUCCUGAAACCACAGCCGUAACCAUGUCUUCCUUGCUAGCCAACGGUAUUUCCAGCUUCUCACCACAGCCUACUUCCGAUUCAACCAAGUUCCUUAAAGGGUUCUUCCCAAAGCUCGAUUCCGUCAAACCCAUAACCCCAAAACUCCAAAGUUCAAGGCUUUUGAAGGUCAGAGCAGAUGUUGGUUUCGAUCCUCAAACCCUCACGUCAGAUCCCAGCUCUUCAUCAGGUAAAUCCUACGAUGACAAAAUCCAGGAAAUUCUUCGAAACCGUGAUUAUGAUAAAAAGUUUGGCUUUACGAUGGAUAUCGAUUCUUUUGCGAUACCCAAAGGGCUUUCUACAGAAACAAUUCGUUUAAUUUCUUCUUUAAAGGAAGAACCUGAUUGGAUGGUGGAGCUUAGGUUGGAUGCUUAUGAGAAAUUUUUGAAAAUGAAAGAACCCAAAUGGUCUGAUAAUCGGUACCCGCCGAUUGAUUUCCAAGAUAUUUGUUAUUACUCUGCGCCCAAAAAGAAGCCAGCUCUGAAUAGCUUAGAUGAGGCUGAUCCUGAACUUCUAAAGUACUUUGAUAGAUUGGGUGUCCCUUUGAAUGAACGUAAUCGAUUGGCUAAUGUCGCCGUUGAUGCGGUUCUUGAUAGUGUUUCAAUUGCUACUACGCAUAGGAAGACCUUAGAAAAGGCUGGGGUCAUUUUUUGUUCGAUCUCCGAGGCAAUUAGAGAGUACCCUGAUUUAGUUAGGAAAUAUUUGGGGAGAGUUGUGCCUAGUGAGGACAACUAUUAUACAGCUUUGAAUUCAGCUGUUUUUAGUGAUGGGUCGUUUUGUUACAUUCCAAAGGAUACGAAAUGCCCGAUGCCAAUUUCGACUUAUUUCCGGAUUAAUGCAUUGGAAACUGGGCAGUUUGAGAGGACUUUGAUUGUUGCUGAUGAGGGAAGCUUUGUGGAGUAUUUAGAAGGAUGUACGGCGCCUUCUUAUGAUAGGAAUCAGCUUCAUGCUGCUGUUGUUGAGUUGUAUUGUGCUAAGGGUGCAGAGAUUAAAUACUCCACUGUACAGAACUGGUAUGCCGGUGAUGAGGAAGGAAAAGGAGGGAUUUAUAAUUUUGUUACUAAGCGUGGACUAUGUGCUGGAGAUCGUUCGAAGAUAUCCUGGACCCAAGUGGAGACGGGGUCUGCUAUUACUUGGAAAUACCCAAGUGUUGUUUUGGAAGGUGAUGAUACGGUGGGCGAGUUUUACUCUGUAGCACUCACAAAUAACUAUCAGCAGGCAGACACGGGUACAAAAAUGAUACACAAAGGGAAGAAUACAAGAAGUAGGAUUAUCUCAAAGGGUAUUUCUGUUGGACAUUCAAGAAACUGUUAUAGGGGGCUUGUUCAGGUUCAAUCAAAGGCAGAGAAUGCUAGAAAUUCAUCACAAUGUGAUUCAAUGCUUAUCGGCGAUAAUGCUGCUGCAAACACCUACCCUUACAUCCAGGUCAAGAAUCCAUCAGCUCGUGUUGAACACGAAGCCAGCACCUCCAAAAUUGGUGAAGAUCAGUUAUUUUACUUUCAGCAGAGGGGAAUUGAUUAUGAGAAGGCCAUGGCUGCCAUGAUUUCUGGAUUUUGCCGUGACGUUUUCAAUGAGCUUCCUGAUGAAUUCGGUGCUGAGGUGAACCAACUCAUGAGUCUGAAGCUCGAGGGAUCCGUGGGUUAAGUAUGAUGAAGGUUUUAUUCAAUCGAGGCCAUGUUGGACAAUGAAAUAAUUUUGUCAAUGAAAUCAAUAACGUUCAAGCUCUUAGCAUCUUUUUACAAAUGACUAGUUAGCUGUAAUGUACUUUGCUGUUCCCGAAGUGCUGUUUAGUGUAUUUCCUGGAAUAUACCUCUGUGUAUAUAUUUGAUCUCUUAAACCCUGAAAAACUGUGUUACAUACAUUUUAGUAGUCCAUUAUGUGUAUUGCCGCGGAGAGGAAUAAGAUCAAUAAGUUUAUGUCAA